AUGGAUAUUCAUGUUCUUCAAAGCCAGCCCGCCCAGAAGGUCGCGUUUAAAGACUCUUCCACGGUUCGUGUGGGUAAUAAACUUGUUCGCAAUAAGCCACCCACCCAGCCCUCUGCUAUGCGACCCAAGCAUUUGGUCCGCGGCGGGUUCCAGUCGCGCCUUCCGACUUCGCUGCCGCCCCCAGGGCAGCAGCAGCAGCCGUCGCCGCUACCACGCCGACAGCCCGUCCCGUUGAUGCCUCCCGCGCAGCUUCAUCCGGGAGCGCCCCAGGUGGUCGCUACGGCGCCUGCGGUCCCUCUUCAGUCGCCACCGCCUUCGGAGCUGAUGGACGUCGACCCCUCAGCCGGGCCGCCUUCCCAAGCGGUGGCUGUGCUGCCUGUCCUGCAGCCGCUUUCCUUGGGCACCCCCAAGGAGUCUGACCCCGCAGCGCCUUGUCCGGCGCCCACUCAGCAGCCGUCGACGCAGCGUCAGGAGACGCUGCCUCUCUUCGUGGGUCCCGACGCCCCGUCGCGUCCAGUACCAGAAGCUGCGCCCGUGGUCACAGCGGCGCCGAUUACCGGCCCGCUCGACAUAGACACUCGAGCGUCGCCGCACGGCGUCAUAACGGGGAGGACAGUGAGCCGGCUGCGUAGCUAA